AUGUACAUCACUCUCUACUUCCUCGUCACCCGCCUCCCUGACUCUCUUCGCGCAGUCAGGGACCACUUUCUCGCCCUUGACCCCACAGACCUCACUGUCGACCUGCUCGAGAAGCACCUCCUUGCAGCUGAGACUAGCAUAGUCGCUGUAGCUGCUUCUCGUGGCACUCCUCGCACUCCCUUCUUUGAGGGGUGUUCCCCCUCCCCCCUUGCCCCCUCUGUCGCUUCUGCUGCUGCUGUUGACUUCCUUCGUGCUGAGGAGGUCGGGGUCGUGUCUGCUCCUAGUGGGAGGCGCCGCAGCGGCAAGGGCAAGGGAGGCAAGAGUGGUGGGGGUGGCGGCGGUGGAGGCGGUGGUGGAGGCGGUGGAGGCGGUGGAGGUGGCGGUGGUGGCGGUGGGAGUGGUGGUGGGGGUGGAGGCAUCGGUGGUGGUAGCGGUGGGAGUGGUGGCGGCGGUGGUGGCAGCAGUGGGAGUGGUGGCGGCGGCAGUGGUGGCGGUCGGGGUGGAGCGGUCCAGAGGGGAGACUCUGGCGGUGGUCAGAGGCAACAGCAGCAGGGUCCACGCAAGACCCUUACGCCCCAGCAGCUUCGUGAGUGGUUUGCUCAGCGUGGGCCGUCUGGGGGUAGUGUUCGUUGCCCGUACGUCAUUCGCACAGGUGAUCGGGCUGGUCAGACAUGCGGGAAGGUUGGUCAAACACAGUACCGCUGCUUCUCCCGUCUUGACGACGCCUGGCGCGCAGAGUUUGGCGACGAGGCUGAGCUCCCCCGCUGGCUAGAGCCGCUUAGGAACGAUGUGGAUAUAUUUGCUCUUGACUAUGACGCUAUCCUUGCUGGCAUGUAUGCUUUGACUGUUAGUGCUGAGGGUGACUGUUACCUGUGUGUGCCGCCCGACCCAAGUAUAGAGGCUGCUGCUCUAGCUCCUAGUGCGUCUGCUCUCUCUGGUUUUGCGUCUACUAAGGCCUUGCACACCUUCACGCUUGACUCAGGUGCUUCCCGCUGCUUCUUUUAA